AUGCUAUCAAUUUAUGAAGAUCAAUAUUUGACGAUGCUAUCAUUGGCCUCCGGUUCCAUUCUGCACGCGGCCUCCAUGCUGAGCACCAGACGACUCGGUUUCACUAGACUCUUUAGAAUCAUCUUUUCGCUUUCCGUCGUCCAUGGAUCCAGUGCCAUGGAUUACACCUUCAGGUUCUCCCGAUGCAUUUACUGCUACUGCCUGAUUCUGGGCAUCUACUCUCUCCUCCAAGACAGCUUUUGGGCCAUCAAUAAUAUACAGGAGGGGACGUUGUCACCUGGGUUUAUCGUUGACAUGUUGAGCUACGUACUAGCUUAUGUGAUGUGGAUGGUAAUGGUUAUUGAACUGAUCCGGCAGAAGAAAGGUUUCGAACAAGUAAUUAGAGAGUUAGAAAAAGUUGACACUUUUUUACAAAAUCCAAAAUAUAACGCUACAUACUACCUCAUCGCUUUCAGUUUUGCAGUUCUCACGAAUUUGAUCGAAAAAGUGAUCGUCGGAAUUGAAUAUAAUAGUUUUCUCAUUGGCCUUGGAUACUAUUUGUACAUGUCACCGAUUGUGGUGUUCUCCAGCCAAUAUUUCUUCUUCAUGGCCGUCGCCAGUGACCAGUUCUCAUAUUUAACUGCCCAGUUACGUUCGACAUACAGACCGUGGUACUUAAAUGAUUUGAUUACAAUCCAUAAAAGCCUUUGCGAUACUUCGAAAAAAAUCAACUCCAUCUAUGGUCUUCAUCUGCUCAUCAUAACAUCUGUCCCUUUCAUUAUCAACACGUUGAAGAUCUACAGUGCAAUUAUGUGCGUCAUAAGGCCGGACGACUAUGAUGAUAAAAUCGCCUUUCGUUCUCUCUUCCCACCUCCUAUUCUCGAACAGGGCAUCACUUCCAACUAA